AAAAUAGCAAACCUCUGCAGGGUCCGCGGCCCCCGCUGCUCGCCGGAGGAGGGUCCCGGGGCCUAGGACGCUGGCCUGGAGCGGAACGCGCCGGCAGGCGGCGAAGAGGCCGGCCCAAGAUCUGGGAGGAGCGCGGGGGUGGGCGCUGCAGCCGCGGGUUGUUUAUCUGGAGUACGGAGGGGAGGGGGGAGCCUGGAAACCGCCCCGUGUCCCAUUUCCUCCUCUUGUUUUCGCUCCGGAUUCUCCAUGUUGGACCCAAACUGAGGAGCCCGGAGCUGCCACCGGGGGAUCGGGGCUGGGGGCACCGGGGAAGCCGCCGCCUGGCCCGCCCGCCCUCUGUGCAGGCCGCCUCCCUUCCCGGCCCGGGGAGGAAACGCGAGGGGGAUGUGAACAGCUGCGGGAGUCGGAGUCUCGGGAGCCGGAGCCCGACGGGCCCCCGCCCAGGCCCCCCAGCCCAGCCCGCCUGCGCGCCCGCCCGCGCGUCCUCCCGCCCAGCCAGCCCGGGCCCGCGGGAUUGUUAGAUGGAACACGGCUCCAUCAUCACCCAGGCGCGGAGGGAAGACGCCCUGGUGCUCACCAAGCAAGGCCUAGUCUCCAAGUCCUCGCCUAAGAAACCCCGUGGCCGCAGCAUCUUCAAGGCCCUCUUGUGCUGUUUCCACACACAGCAUGUUGUCCAGUCCAGCUCUUCCACUGAGCUCACACACAAGGAGGAGGCCAACACCAUCGCCAAGUCCGAUCUCCUCCAGUGUCUCCAGUACCAGUUUUAUCAGAUCCCUGGGACCUGCCUGCUCCCCGAGGUGACAGAGCAAGAUCAAGGCAGGAUCUGCGUGGUCAUUGACCUGGAUGAGACCCUUGUGCACAGUUCCUUUAAGCCGAUCAACAAUGCUGACUUCAUAGUGCCUGUAGAGAUUGAGGGGACCACGCACCAGGUAUAUGUGCUCAAGAGGCCUUACGUCGAUGAGUUCCUGAGACGGAUGGGGGAGCUCUUCGAAUGUGUUCUCUUCACUGCCAGCUUGGCCAAGUAUGCUGACCCUGUGACUGAUCUCCUGGACCGGUGCGGGGUGUUCCGGGCCCGCCUGUUCCGAGAGGCUUGUGUGUUCCACCAGGGCUGCUAUGUCAAGGACCUCAGCCGCCUGGGAAGGGACCUGAGGAAAACUGUCAUCCUGGACAACUCCCCUGCAUCUUACAUCUUCCACCCAGAAAAUGCAGUGCCUGUGCAGUCCUGGUUUGAUGACAUGGCAGAUACAGAGUUGCUGAACCUGAUUCCAGUCUUCGAGGAGCUAAGUGGAACUGAUGAUGUCUACACCAGCCUUGGGCAGCUGCGGGCCCCUUAGCCUUCCUGCUCCAAGAAACGGCCAUCCCAACAGGGGACUCUGCUACACUGUGCCUUUGUGGUCAGCCUCACUGACGGGGUCUGCAAGUAGCCAGGGCGUGUGGGACAAAAGCAGGUCACACGCAGAGCAGGAAAUCAGACCAAGACCCAGAGCUCUCUGCACCCCGUGCUCAGUUCCCAGGUGGUUGUGUGGGUGUGUGUGCGUGCAUGUGCCCGUCCGGUAAACUAUGGUCCUGGGUGCCCAGUUGUGCAGUAGGGGGAGAAGCUGAAAGAUAAGGACUCAACCCAAGUCAUUUGUCUUCUUUCCUGCUAUGCUGUGAGCUACUGAGCUUUACAGCCAUGAAAACUAUUGUAGGCUCCCUCGCCAAACCAUGGCUUUCCCUCAGCAUCAAGACCUGUGCCAAGGAGAAGGGAGAGGCCGGAGGCUGCUUUGGAUGCCCAGACACACAUCUUUCAGAAAACACAGAAACCUAGCCAGCAGCUGCAGACAUGUUUGGGAAUAUGAGAGCAUGUUCGCAGACCCACCAGGUUCUGUGUCCUAUGGGCUACACCUGGCUCCAGCAAGAAUGCCUGCCAUGGGCACUUCUCUGUACCCGGGCUCCAGUGCCAGGCCAGCCUCUCACUCCCAAGCCAUAGUCCUACUCCCAUGGGAAAGGAGGUCUUCUCUCUGCCCUGGAGGAGGACAUAUAGCUGAUUUCUGUUCUUUUAACUCUUAAAAAUCUCUUUCUAAACUUGGAGUGGUUUAUAUUCGCCCGAGCUCCAGUCCUGGGCCUGAGGUUUGUGUGGGAAGCGCUGGGGUACAAAGAAAAUGCAAAUGUUCAAUGCAAGAUGUCUGUCUCCUUGCGUGUAGAUCCCAAAAGUGCUCUUCAGGGGUUCUGUGCUAGCUGAUGCAAGGACAUUAGCUCCAAAGGCUGGGGAGGGCUUGGCUCUCCCUCUGUGUCUUCCUGGUGUCCCGCCCUGGCCAGCUCUCGUCUGCUCUCGCCUUUAUCCUUCUCGGCUGCUGCUCUUCCUCUCCAGAGCCUUGGGAGAAGGACUUUCCCCGGUUGUACUUAAUUGAUUGGUUGUCCCAAGUGUUGCUCUUACUUGAUUUGCCAAAUGCCUCCUGCUUCUCGUUAUAGGACUGAGUGAGGUCCUCAUAGCUCUGUGCUCUGGGCAGCUCUGAGCUCUCAGCCCUGUUGCUUUCAAUGUCAGUCACAGAGUGGAAGUUUCCCCAAAGUGGAAAGCUACCAUUGGGAACACAAGGGGCCCCUGAGGGGCCUCCACCUCACUGCCUUAAGUGAGUCCCGCCCACUCCCUGCCUCCCUCCGAGGUGGGCGGGAGUUCCUACCCCAUCUCUGCUUCCCCUGGAGGCCGGCCAGCGUUUGUGGGUUGGUUCAGGUGUGGUACCUCCCACUCAGGAGUCAAUAUUUUCAAAUUUUUCUAGUUUCCACACACGAGGUCCUGCCUGGGGUUUGAGAAAGCCUGGUGGAGGAGUGUGGUGGUGUGAGUGGAGACUGGCUGGCAUUCCUCCAGCACUCUGCAGACUUCUUCCUGGGCCCGAGGCUAUGGAGCCUUGGCUUUCACUUCUGUGACAAACACAUGCCAUUUCCCCAGCCUCAUUUGCUGGUGUCUGUAGGGUCCUCCCAAGGUGAGCUGAGGGCUGCAGGUGCUAGCCAGGAACAUGGGAGCUUGACUGUGGCUUCAGGUCCAGACCCUGAUCUCACUGGCAUCCCAAUACUGCAGGAGGGGUCUUCUCACAAAGCUCUGAGGGCUGGUCUUGACUAAGCAAUAAGAGCCUCAGAGUUGAUUGAAUUUUAAGGUCCCUUUCUGGCUUCUUGGUUCUCCAUGUGACCAAAGCCCAGUGUGGCUUCAUGGGAGCCCUGUUACUUCUCCAUGAAACCCCAGCUCUCUAGGCCUGACUGCCACCAGAGUCCUCUUACCACCUGCAGUCUGCCACAAAGAUGCCAUAUCAACUCCUCUCUUCCCAAAACUAAACAGGAUCUAUCAUGGUGGCACGGAGUCAGCUAGAUGUUGUCUCUUGCUAUCCCUGUGCUAGUUCCAUGUUUUAGAAGCAAAGUGAUACUGGGGAGGAGAGGAGGGCAAGUGAGAGGAGCCAGUGCCUCCUGAAGCCCUUGCUCCACUGCCACCAGCCCGCCUGCCCCAGUGCAGACUGGUCUUCAGGAGUCAGUAGACCACCGGACCAGGUGUCAGCAUCCACUCCAAGCCAUGCUAGGAAUCUGCCCCCUGCCGGGUUCAGCUCUUUAAGGUGCCUCUUCAGGGACACAGUGUGUGUCUGAUUGGGCUUCGCAUCAAAAGCCUGACGUUCCUGUCCCUCUUAUAGGGGGAGCUUUGGACACAGGACCAGUUUGAUAAAGGGCCAGGUAAGGGUUUCCACUCUGCACAUUGUAGAGGGGACACCGAAGGCCCAUGGGUCCCUAAUUAAAGAAGUUGAGUGAAUUUGCCUUCGUUCAACCAGGGACCUAUCUCACUCCCUCCCAAAGAUUUUUGUAUAAUUGUAUAACCCCCCUCCCCCUGUUAACAGUGGCUCAGAAAAGCUUUGUACUAAAAGCAUGGGACCCUCACAGCAACCAUUCCUGGGAGAUGGGUCCCUUAUAGGUCCAUGACCUGCUCUGUUCAGAGGCCUCUUGGCAGUGUGGCCUGUUUGUGCUGUCCUGCAUCCAGUGUGUUGGCCUGGCUAAGUGAAAACGGUGAGCUGUUUCCCCUUUGGGCUACUUAACCACGGCUACUCCUUUUUUAAAAAUGUCCUAGUUCUCCCCUACACACACACACACACACACGGUUUGAUGAAUUUCCAAACCACGGCUACUCCUUUUUUAAAAACGGGUUUGAACUCCUGUUUAGCCAAGAGUGAUCUUGAGCUGGUCUCCUGCCUCCACCCCCUGAGUGCUGGGGUUACAGGUGAUAGCUGGUCUCCUGCCUCCACCUCCUGAGUGCUGGGGUUACAGGUGAUCGCUGGUCUCCUGCCUCCACCUCCUGAGUGCUGGGGUUACAGGUGAUCGCUGGUCUCCUGCCUCCACCCCCUGAGUGCUGGGGUUACAGGUGUGAUCACCUUGCUGGCUUGUGAGGUGCUGGGGACAACCCAGGGCUUCGUGCAUGUCAGGCACACACUCCCAACUAAGCUACAUCCCCAGUCCCUCUUUCUAGAAAACAGAUAAGUCCAUGUUCAGGGGAGAAGAGGUCACAGGUCAGGCCAGCUGCCCCAUCCUUUAGUUCGGGGUUAGCUCCCAGAACUGCCCUGCACCAUAAGCUGGUGAUUCUCCAUGCCUGUCCUUACCCCGGAUCUGGCUAUUCCCGUGAUGCCAUUUGGAGGGGAGAGGUCUGCUUCCCACUGUGACCAGGCUAUGGGAUCCUUGGCCACCUUGCUUCAUGAUUUGAUACAUUUGUUGUAUUCAAAAACUUGAACUGUAGGAUGCCAUUAAGAGUCUGUUUAUAUUUUUGGAAUAUUUGUAUUACAAUUGUUAAUAAAGGCUGGUUUAAAAACCUGUGCAGG